AUGAAUCUUAGAGCGUUUCUAUGGAAGGCCCGGCUCUUUGUUUUAUCCUUCUUUAAUUCUCUUUUUAUUCCAGUCGCGUUUUUGUAUCUAGGCAUCAAUGUCCAGUUACUAUAUAGUCCCGGAAAGGCAAUUGAACUGACACGUGAGCAUUUUUGGGGCGGGCAACCCAACGACAGUCCCGUUGUUUGUUUUGCGGGGGCAGCCCGAAAGAGUUUGGACCCCCAACACGACCCCAGACUUUUCUGGAGCACCUUUGGUAAAAUUAGUGAAGAACCGUCUCUUCUUUUGUUGACCCAGCGUAGCAACGCCAUGUCUUCUGCUGAGCAGAAACUUUCAUCCGACUCGUUUUCUGUCUCAAACUUGAGUCAGCUGACCGAAGAAGUUGAUAGUCUGGAUGGUAGCUAUGAAACCAGCCGCUUUCUGAGAAAAAUGCCCAGCCAAUCUCGCUCGUAUCCUGCCUCGUUUUCGAACAACCAACGGCACUCUCGCCUGCCCUUUUCGACUAUUGGUCUUUACGGAAGGGAUAGUCACAAAGAAACUCUGCAGGCUAGGUUUCGAGAUCAAGCCUUGUCGGUCGAAGGAGGAUCCACGUGUUUGGUUACAUUGGCUGGUCCAGCGGGGGCGGGAAAAUCUGCCCUUGCCUCGCAAAUGGAGCCGUUCUGUGCCGACUAUGGCGGCUUUUUCGUGUCAGGAAAAUUCGACGCUCAUCGUGUUGGCGAAACUGAUCAGGAUCCUUACGCUGCGAUCCGUGUGGCUUGUAAUCAGCUAGCGGAAAAAAUAUUGCGCUGUGAUCAGGACCUACUCUCUGAGCGUUGUGACACCGACUCUCAGCCGCUCUCUAGAACAUCCUCCACGGUUGUUCAGCCAUCGACACAUUCUUCAAAAAGCAUCAGCCAACAAGAGGAGCAGAUAGCUGCCCGAAAUUUUUCCUUUACAGAUAUUCAGUCCAAGCUUCAACAAGAAUUAGGUGACGAAGACUUGACUUUGCUACUGCGUGUUGUUCCAGUGCUGGCUGAAGUGCUCGGACUGAAUCGCAGCACCAUUGUUGCGCUGGACCGCCCUUGGGACCAAGGAACUGUAGAAGCCACUGACGUCCAAGCGCAAAAACACCGCCUGUAUAGUUCAUUUCGCCAUUUUUUUCGCACUGUUGGAAGUUUUGGAACGGUCCUCUUGGUUUUGGACGAUGUGCAGUGGGCCGAUGCUGCCAGCUUGGAAUUAAUCGAAUUUUUGGUCGCUACUGAAGGUCCCACGCGGGAAAUGAGGCAGUCGACUCGGCUGAUGCUCAUAGUAUCUUACCGAGACAACGAAGUUGACGAGGAUCAUCGUUUUGCACAAAUGAUGGAUCGGUUGAAGAAACGGGAUCUUGACGACGUAAAUAAAAAUGGCAAAGCAGUAUCUCAUAUCGAAGAAAUUUCAGUGGAUAAUCUGUCCGUCGCGGAAGUCACAGAGUUCUUGGCGGAUUUGAUGUGGAUUGAAGAGCAUCGAGUUCGUCCAUUGGCGGAGCUUGUCCACGGAAAGACUUUGGGCAACGCUUUUUAUCUUAUCCAGUUCUUGACCUCCCUUGUGGAUGAAGACAUUCUACAGGCAGCACCUGGAAGUCGCUCCUGGUCGUGGGAUAUGGAACGUGCUGCCAUGCACAUUGACGCUACAGCUAAUGUUGUCGAUCUCAUGCGUGUGAAACUAAACAAAAUGCCUCGCGAUACUCGUUCCAUCUUAAAGUUACUUUCAUGUUUGGGAUCCACCUUUGCACUCAGCAUAGAACCAAAUUCAUUUGAUUUGGGAGAGUCGGCUCCUCGAGAGGCCCCAUCGACUGGUCGUAAAGCACUUGAAUGUCUCGAACAUUGCGUGAUGGAAGGAUGGAUUGUGCGCUUACGACGGAAUUUGUACCUUUGGGUGCACGAUAAGAUUCAGGAAGCUGUGCUCUCGCUGAUUGAACCCGCAUAUUUGCCUACGUUGCAACGUCGGAUUGGUGAAUUAUUACUGGACAAGCUUUCCGACUCGGAGCUCGAAGGCAAUGCAUUUGUUGUGGCUAAUCUGUUAAAUGCUGGUAUUCAAGGAAUGGCUCUGUCAGCGGCCCGGCGUAUUCAGACUGCAAAAACAAAUCUUGCUGCUGCGAAAAGGGCCAUAGCUUCGGCAUCGCUUUCGUCGGCCGUGCGGUAUCUAGAAAGAGGCAUUAUGGUAGUUCCCGAAGAUCACUGGUCUACCCACUACAAGUUCAGCCUAGAUUUGUUCUCGACUGCUGCUGAAGCCGAGUAUUGUAUUGGAAAUUUCAAUAGAGUCCAGAGGUAUUCCGGUCAAAUACUGGCUCAGACCCAACGUCCAUUGUUGGAUCAUAGACGAGCGUACAAUGCACUGAUGGAUGCAAUUGGUUCGCAAGAUCAACAUCUUGAGGCUGCGAAUUUAUGUUUGGAGGUACUUGAAAAGCUUGGCUGCCCUUUCCCAAAACGUGGUGUCGGACUCAAGAUCGCUUUUGGAUUUUUAAAAGCAAAAGUUUCUGUCAAAACUAUAUCGUCCGAGCUUGUGUCGAAAAUGCCUGUUAUGACAAAAGAUCUGGAGCUCUGGGUGAUGUCAUUGUUGGAUAAAUUAUUUACGUUUUUGUACCUAGCCGGAUCUGAGAUGUUACCGCUUUCGGUUUUGAAAAGCCUUCAAUGGACUCGCAAAAAGGGUGUUAGUGAGUUUUCUCCUUCGGCUUUUGCUCGACUGGGCAUGAGUUUUACAGCUUUUCUUGGCGACCCCCAAACGGGAAAAGAGUUUGCGGAACAUGCUUUGUCGUUGCUUAAUAAAGUGAAGUCCGGCAAGGCUGAAUCUCGAACACUUAUGCUUGUCCAUUCCUUCGUCAUGCCAUGGUCAUGCCCAUUGAAGAAAACACUUGAGCCUUUGUUUCGGGCUUACGAAACAGGAAUGGCUACCGGAUUUUCAGAAAAUCCGAUGUGGUGUAUUUAUUUUAUGAAAGAGCACAGCAUCCAUUUAGGGAUUCCGAUUAGCAAGGUUUUAGCCGAUUUUCCCAGUCUCAUUUCUUGCAUGGACAAAUUUCAGCAAUUAAGGCAGCGGGACUGCUGCAAAAUUGUUGGACAGGCCCUGCUUAAUCUGUCUGGACAAGGAAAAACACCGUAUGUUCUGACGGGUGAACUCAUGAAUCAGGAUCUGAUGUGGAAUGCGGCCAUGGACGCCAAUGAUGUGGUAGCCAUAGCCUCUCUUCAGCGCUGGCGAUUGUAUGUAGCUUUCUACUUCGAAGAAUAUCAAAUAAUGAUGCAGCUACUGGAAGACACAAAUCUGGGGUCCACAAUUGAGAAAGCGCAGCCUGGAUUGUACGGGCUUUGUCCGAUGAUCUUCCAUAACGGUCUUGCUUGUAUAUCAAUGAUGCGGGAAACAGGCAACAACAAAUACACCGUAUGGGCGAGAAGAUUCGCCAAUACUAUCAAGAAAUGGGUAGACAAAGGCAAUCCUAACGUUAAGCACUAUGACGCGUUGCUGAAUGCAGAAUUGGCCGCUCUCUUCGGGAAACAUUCCUUGGCCAUGAGAUUCUUUGGUUCCGCCAUUCUAUUUUCCGGUAGCGGUGGCUUUAAAAACGACCAAGCCUUAGUAUACGAACGUUUUGGUGAAUACAAUCUGAAGCAGGGCAACGUCAAUGAAGCCAAGUACGGACUCGAGCAGGCAAUACAACUGUAUGAAGCAUGGGGCGCGCAUGGCAAGGUCAAUCUUAUCAAACAGAAGCAUAUCUUGCUAUUGGCUCCGCCAGUUGAAAUUAAUGUUUCGAUCGAUGAAUAAGGUGGUGAUACCCAUUUGCAAUGAGGCUUGAGAAGCGCAGGAGGUGAAUUAGCUGUUUGAAUCACUGCCAGCUCUAUUCUACCCUACCAGCAGAGCUUUAUGCAUUUACGUAGCCUCUACCUAUAGAGCAAUUGACACGGACGCUUAAGAGCGUUAGUCGUAUCAAGCACCAAACAAUGCUACUUUGCUGAUAGAAUGAAGCCAGUCUGUUUUUGCAACCAUUUACCCGACUACGAUUGCUACUGUCAAAAUUCUUGCUGUAAAUGCAAGAUUGCAAAUUUUAAAUUUUUUACUAACAUUUC